CCACAACACACAACGCAGCAUCUCACACACGAGCACAACAAACAAACCACAACACGCACGAACACACGAGCACAACACACAUCACAACGCAACCAAGUAUCCCACACCAAGCUUGUUGGCUUGGGUUGGUUUUGGUCGAGCAUCGCACCGAGCAUUGCACCAUCGUGAGAGGCUCACCACACAGCUCGCCCACCGCCUCGCCCGCUUGGCACCACCACGGACGGGCUGAUGGACGAUCUGCCCGUGUUCUUUGACCAGCUGUGUGGUGUGGACCCGGGCCAUCGCAUCGCUGCGCAUUGCCACGCACAGGGAGGUGCAGCCAAGCGCAAGUUCUCGCAAGGGCUCAGGACCCUGCGGCUUGCCCUCUCCAUCGGCAAGGCAUUUCGAGCAAAGCCAAACAACAAGGACACCGCCGCCUCCCCAGCAGAGCGCGCGCAGCAGAUCCACCAGAAGCGGCGUGCCAGCUACGAGGUCUGGUCCUUCAUCGACGCCGAGCUCGCCCUUGCUGGUGCCGGCACCAGUGACAACGGUAGCGAGUCGUUUCUACCACCGCUCUCUGUGAUUCGCAGUUUCGCUGCACCCCCGGGGGUCAACGAGCAGCUUGCACCAGCCUACCUCUCUGCACUCACUGGGGAGGACGCAUUUGCCGCCGAGACAGAGGCACGCCGCGACAACACCCAGCUUGCCACCUUCAACCUCUCCGACACUGAGAAGCUUCCACCGGACCAGCGCCCGUUUCUGCUCACCCUCAACGAUCGCCACAUCCUGAUCAUCCAGGGGCAGCCCAAUAGCGCAUACGACUGCAUCACCUGCUUCUGCGAGAAGGUUGGCACCAGCCCAGCUCUCUUCGCCCUCGAACUUCCAGAGCACACGCCAGCACCCUGCGCAGCCUGCGCCUACAUCUGCCACCUCUAUACAAACUACGAGCGCCUACCAACCGACCAGCACCUGCCCACCAAGGCGUACCGCAAGCGCGUCUCGCGUCGCCACGCCAAGGCCAACCACGCCGGUGACGACAACGACGACAGCGAUUUCGAAGACGCAGACAACGCAGCUGCUGCUGACGGAGACCAGCGCCGGCCGCACACGCAACGCCCCCGCUCCAGAGCAUCGCCAUCGCCGUCGCCAUCGGCGUCGUCUCUCGCCGCCAACACAAGCAGCCCCAGUACCAGCAACAAGAAGUCGCGUGGAAGCGUAGCCUCAAUCGCCCUUCCCGACACACCGCACGCAAGGCGCCGCUCUCGGCGGCUACAGGCGGUUCUUCAGGACCAGGCAGCCCAGCGCGGAUCACCGCCACCAACACGCGGAAGGGACGACAAACAGCGUGCUCCUCGCAUCUCCCUGUCGGUUGCAGCGCAACAGCAACAGCGCACAGCCCAACCCCAACCCCAGCAACAGCAACAGCAACAGCAACAGCAACAGCAGUUUGGAGCACAGAAGGCGUUCGUGCCCCAGGUGCAAGUUGAUAGCCAGCCGGGCUCAGCCACCGCCAGUCGAAGGGGGUCUCAGGCCAACCAGCCCAGGCGCCGACGCUCCACUCGCACACAAGGCCAACAGCAGCAGCAGGAAGCAGAGGCGGAGGAAGGUGAGGAGAAGCGUGGGCGGCAUCGACGUAGCGAUUCUGGAGCAGCCGCAGCAGCUGCAUCAACUGCGCAUCCAUCUGAGACUUUAAUAUCUGGCGACACCCAAGGCCACACCCCUACCACCACAUCGUCGACAACAGCCUCGCCUCGUCUCUCACGCAAGCAAGCAGGGCAUCCACUCACUGCGCCCAUUGUUGCGUGGGCGGAUCGAAAAACACGUGCCGAGCUCUUUCACAACACAGAGUACAGCCCAGAUAUGCAGACUCGAAGUGCCAGCGAUAUUGUGCUUCAGCAGCACUACACGCACCCAACAUCUGGCCUGCCGCCAGCCGUGCGCAUUUCCAAACAGCCGCAACAGCAGCAGCGUCAACAACAACAACAACAGCAGCAGCAGCAGCAGCACCAUCGCCAGCGAUCACCAUCGCCGAGUCCGCACAAAACACAGCGGCGUGGCUCUGCGCGCUUGUCGGGUUCGCAGGGCCAGCGUCGGCGCGUGUCGCGUGUGCAGCAGCAGGACGCCUCCCGCGCAGCCAGCCCGCGCCGUAGCAUGGCCCGCCCUGGUGAUGGCGCGGACGGCGGCUCUUUGCUGCAGACAGAUGCGCAGGCCGAGCAGCAGCGCAGUGGCAACUCGCUCACCAUCGAAGACGCAUUUGCCCUGCAGCCGCAGCUGUUGCACCACCACCACACGCAGCAGCCGGCACCCACCCACUUCCAGCGCAAGGCUGUGUUGCGCUUCUCCUACAAGGAGGAAAUGGCAAUGAACAGGGGUUGGGUUGUUGGUGACCUCAACGCAUUCAACCCGCAGCGGCAAACCAUGCAGGAGUGGGCAGCAGGCCUGGCCCAGGUGCGCCUGUGCCGUUCGCGCAUGGGUGCAAACUACUUUGAUGCGCCAGAUGCCCCCGCUGACCACCAGGACGUCGAAACCCUGGGCAGCACUCGCAGACAGCAGCAACAGCAACAACAACAACGGCGGCGUCGUCGUGGACGCGCCGGCAGCAGCGGCAGCGGUGGUGGCAGUAGCAGCAACGGUGGAACCGGCACAGGCAUCAGCGCGAGCAUCGAUGGCAAGGACGUCACCACGUCCAAUGGUGGCACGGCUUACCUUCCACCACUCCGGCGAGCGCCUGUUUCGCCGCGCACCGCGCCUCAAGCAACAUUGAACACGAAAGCUGACGAGGACAGCAGCGCCAGCACUGCAGACACGGACACGGCGCUCAGUACCGCCAUCAGCCCGAGCCGGCCGUCCACACGUGCGCGGCAGAAGCGCGAUGGCCUCCCGCGCUCGCGUGUGUGUGCGGAGGAGCGCUAUCGCAGCGGGCGGUUGUUUGUGGCACUCAAUGACGGCACAGGCACUGCUUACUACCCAUCCGGCCGCCUUGCCAUCUGCACCAGCCUGUGCGCGCAUGGCACAUACCUGUGGGCGUUUGACGACGCUGAGAGUGGGCAGUUGCUAGCGUCGUUGUCGCCGCUCGGCGGGGGCACGUGCUACAAGGCCGGACUCACCACCCCGUACGUGAGCACAUCCGUUGACGGCGGUUGUCUGUUUGACGAAGAAGGCAGGCUGGUGAAGGAAUGGAAGUGGGGCCAUGCCAUGACACAUAUCCGGCAGCUCAAUCCGCACCUGACGCUGCGCAUCAACUCAAAGCAUGACAUUAGCCUCACCCUCCGCUGCCCAGACGGCGAUACCUCCACAUUGCACACGCAGCAGCGGGAGGGCAGAGGCAACCGCCAGCAGCGGCUCACGCCGGCUGGGCUGCUCCCCGUCUCCGCGACAGACACGUCAUCGACGACAGGCGCUGUGCCCACGGGCACCGAGGCAGACGCCGCUGGCCCCGGCUCCAAACGCGGUGGCACAGGCAGCAACGGAACCAGUGGCCCCUUCCACGGCGGCACCGCUACUGCGGGGACAGCAACAACGCCAACCAUCACAACCACAGCCGACACAACCGCCGUCGACGCAAACGCUGCUCCCACCUCAGCAGGCCGAAGCAAGGGGAAGAAGCCACCUCGUGGUGGCAGCGGCCGUGGUGUCCGGGGCGGGUCGGCGGCGUCGGGGAAGGGCGUCGGGCGCAGCGGCUCAAGCCGCGCCGCAUCCGCCAAUCAGCGGAAGCGCGGUGCCGCAAAUGGGGCGACAGGUGCUGCAGACAGUGCAGGCGACGGCAGCAGUGCCGCCCAGCGCAGUGGACGAGCAUCGACAGCAACAGGUGGCGAGGUACCUACAAACGCAAGCAGUGCUGCACUAACUGUCGAGUCAGCACUCAAUGCUCACGCGUCGUCCGCGUCGCGAGAGGCGCGCAGUGACGUGGAGAGUGAUGGCGACAGCCACGAUGGCGAUGGCGCGCGCACGUCGAGCGGGGGUAGCAGCGAGCAGCAUGUCAGCGCGGUUGAAUUGCGCAUUCAGUCCCUGCUGGCAAACCUUCGUCAGGCAGCCGUCUCCCCAGGAAACGGGCAGGGGCGGGACGGCGAGGGUGCGUCGUCGUUGGCGUCCACAACCUCCUCCAAAUCGCCUGCGUCGCGUUCAAAGAAAAUCAGUCGCAGUAGCGAUGGAAGUAGCGCGUCGCAGGUGCUGAGUCGCAUGGCCGCAUCCCGUCUGCGCGUUGGGCGCGUUGGGCCCUCGCUUGGUGCCAUCCCCGAACUGCAGAAGAACGAGCUGUCGCCUGACGUCACGGUUGCCCCGGCGGAGAUGAGGGGCAAGCCUGCAAAAGUGAAGUCGCUCACAGUCAAUGUUGGCUGCAGUCUGCCCAAAGUGUUUGCUGCGCGCACUGCACCCACCGUCAGUUCCGCAGCUCUCCAAGGUCUUCGAACGAAAGCGGAUGUGUUGCUGGCAUACUUGAGCACGUGCGUCAAUCACAUCAAGUCUGCACAAGACAGAGGGGAGAAAGUGUCGCGGCAAACCAUCGUCUCAGCCGUUGCGCGCAUGACGGGUGAGAUGCGAGACACGACGAGUCUGGUCCAUGCCAUGGAUCCAACAGAGGUGCGCAUUGCUGCACUUCCACGCACUCUGUCCUCCACUGUGGUGGAUAUGUACAGCACAACUGGUCGCCCCUCUGGCCCACGGCGCUCGAAAUCAACCGCUUCUUCCCUGCACUCUUCCACAAAUACACCACCACUGGAGCUUCGGCGAAAGCUCAACAAGUCCCGCACGGCGUCAUCGUCACGCUCCUCCUUUGAUCCGCAGCUCCUGAAGCGCUCGAGCUCGGUGUCUGGUGCACCUCUCUCCUCCGCUGUCGCGUGUCCAACGGCGAUGGCUGUGCGCACACGCGGAAGCACCAGCGGCGCCAUUUCCGCCUCUUCCGGUGUGUGCAACUGCAGCAAGUCUUCAGUCCCCGACAUUCCCGAUGCCGUGUUUGAUCAGUACCUAGCAAAGGUUCCCAGGACGGACGUUGUGGUUGUUGGGGUUGUUGGCCCCAACGGUGAUUCUUCAGCGCGCCUUGCCUCUGUGCUGAAUCAGCUCUACAGACGAAGCGUCGGGCUCAACCGCUUUCCGUGCCAGUUCACCAAGACUGGAGUGUCGCGUUUCUUCAAAUACGUCCUGUCAGGGAAGAAGCAGCGUUUGCUUCAGCGCCGUCACGCUGUUACGCCAGGUCUUCUCCUCAUCUACGUCGGCGGCAGGCUUGUGUUUCUCAACCGAGUUAUUUCUGGGCGGCCUGUCACGGAUACGAGGUUGCUGGAGCAGAUCCAAGUGUCGCGCUCACACGCCUCCAAGAACCAGUUCCUGCCCAAAAACUUCAACGCGCGUUCUAUUUAAUCUGCACCUGCUGAUCCCAUGCAUUCGUCACACGUGCGUGUAUGUGCUCUUCAAGGGAGCACCAUCGUGCUCUCUCAUCCUUGGCCUGGCCCCCAAUUCCCCUGUGUAUGCUUCUUGCUUUUCCUGCUGUUUCCCUUGCUCGGAAAGUUGUCUUGCCAAUCGGCUGCUAUUUAUCUGUUGCUCAAUGACACUGCCUGUUUACUUUUAACAUCACAUCAAAUCGCGUGUCACAUCAUGUCACAUCGUAAAGCGUCAUUGCACGUCUUGACAGCAACCACA